CACCGACAAGCUUGCAGCUAAACGGACGAUUGUUUAUACCGAAGUGUACAGCGCGCGUAAAGAGUACAAUGUGAUGCCAGCCGCCACCUUUAUAUCGUGUAAUUUGAGGUAUUUAUUUAUUUAUUUAUUUAUUUAUUUAUUUAUUUAUCUAUUUAUUUAUUUAUUUAUUUAUUUAUUUAUUUAUUUAUUUAUUUAUUUAUUUAUUUAUUUAUUUAUUUAUUUAUUUGUAUUACCCUCAGGGCCAGAGGCAUUACAGAGGUGAGUGGAACAUACGGGAAAAAAGACACGAUACAGGCUUUGUUCUGUUAAUAAAAUGUUAGCCGAAAAGAUUAGCUAAAAGCAGGAAACAAAAAAAAUUCAAGCAAUCGACCGAUAACAAAUAUAAUUACAUACUUGGUUAGUUACAUUGCAAUACACUAGUGUUUAAAACAUUAUGAAACCGGUAAUAGUGAGCAGUGGACGUGACUGAUCCCGGAAGGUAGUUCAAGUCCUGUGAGGUGCAGGGUACAAAUGAUAUGAUGACGUGUUUGCGUUAAGCACGACAUUAUUCCCACCUUUUGUGCAUGAUCGAAACGAGGGGAAAUGUAUGAUGGAGGAAGAAUAAGGUCGUUGUACAGGGCGGGACUGUAGUAUAUCUUGUGGAAGAGACAUAGGCGCAGAAAACUUGCGGCGACAGGCCUCACUCGCCAUGAUGACGCGUAUAGUUCUUUGCCCGUAGCACGCUGACCAUACUCAGACAACUUGCGCCGUAUAGAACAAAUGGAUCCACAGUAUAGGACGUCUGUAGAGUUUGUUUGAACAGUGGAAACGAGGCAGCGCAUUUUAUAUGGUGAGCGCAAUCUGGGGGUUACUGUGGCUCCAGAACAACAACCUUCUGGAGAUCGGCUUCGACUCGCUGGGCUCGGAGUUCUGGAAGCACAACUCUCCGCUCGCCAACCAGCUGCUGCUGGGUGCCAUCGGCAGUGUGCUCGCCGAGGUCGCCGACAACAAUUCGCUGAACGUCGACCUUAUGCCCUUCGUCGUCAAAAUCGCCAAGGUGACCGCGGUCGAGCCAUGGCUGUACGUGGUGCCGGCAGCUCUGGGCGCCUGCACCAACAUGAUCUUGCCCAUCCACCUGCCGAUGAUCGUCGCCCACGAAGUGGUCGACGUGCCCAUUCUACAACUGGUGCUGAUUGCGACGAUCGCAAAAGCUGUCAUCGUCCUGACGUCAGUGUUCUCCAUCAACACCUAUGGCGUCUACCUGCUCGACUGGGCCGCGCUGGAAGCGAACAGCACGAACCUCUUCGAGUGAGCGAUGUCCCUGAGGCAUCGUCCGAGUGACCGCCACCACGGCCACGUCAAGGGGCCCCUUUCUUAUCGUUUUUUUCUUGUUUUCGUUUUUAUUUUAUUUUAGGGGCUAGCAAUUUACCGUAUGCUAUAGCAAGUGGCAACUAUAUUAAUGUGUCUUUUUUUAAUAGUCAGGUAUACCUAAUUGUGCGAUAAUCUUUUAAGUGAAUAAAAAAUAUGAAAGGUGCACCACUCUGUGCUUGAAUUGUGCCUUUGAACCAAUACGUUCGGCGUCGCCUAUAGAGUCCACAUGAUAGAGUGACGAGAAGCAGAUCAUGGUGAUUUGGGACACAAGUGACGCUAUGUAGAUUACAUGAACUGUCUUUGGCGAGUUGUACAGCAGCAACAGUCGGAAACAGAUCCCCCAAAAUUUUUGGCGGGUUGUCAAUCCGAAGUUGGAUACCGUUGCUUACGAGAGAUGCUGGUAUAUCGUCAUGCCGAUUGCCCGGGUGCGCCGAUGUAUUCAAUCACAACUUCUUUUAGGUAUUUAGUGAUGAACUGCGUCUUGCUAAUUUCUUAAAACUGAACCAUUCAGUCAUCGGGAUUUGUUAUUCUCCCACUGAAAUCACUGCAUAACCGGCGUAGAUCGCGCCCUUAAAGGCUGCCCAAUAAGACGAG